AUGGAAAGAGGAGAAGAUCAAACUGAUGGAAUGAACAAACCAAAGCAUUUGCAACUAGCGAAAUGCGUAGUUCUCAAAGCGAUGGAACUUAUCACAAAUAUCAUUGUAACUUUGCUUCGGGUCAGUUUGGAGGAUCUUUCAAAUGGUAGUGUUUGUCUAAGUACGGCAGAACGACAGACCCCAAUAGGAAAAAAACCCGAUAUUAUGGUGAUGGAAAAUGUGGAGGAUGAUUCGGUAAAAUUGUGGAGAGAAACCCUGGAUGGGAUAAGUUUUGUUGGUACAGCAUGUCGACCGACAAGUAAUCAAUUCGGUAUUGCUGGAGUUCAGGUGGCUGGCGAAGAUUUAUAUCUAAACGUUCUAGUGAAAGAUGCAAAUGGGAUACCAAGAUAUUUCCAUCUUAAUCAAGCUCAAAUACCUUUCACAAAAAAUACUUCAUGGCGCAAAUUCAUGGCAGAAGUUUCUAAAAACUCUAGCUCGUCUAUUAGUAAUAGUAAUGCAGACAGUGAUGUGAUACCUACAACCCUGAAUGAAACAGAAUCUCAACCCAGCAAUACUAGCUUCACAUUUUUAUACGAAAAACUUUGUAAUGCUAUAAUUCUCGCUGACCGUAAAACCCAAGAAGCAAUCUUCUGUUAUUGUAAUUUUGGUAAAUAUCGAUUUUUACUUAGAACGGGAUAUAACUAUAAUGGUGGUGCUCUCAUUCAUAUUUUAUGGGCAAUCAAAAUAACAAAAAGUAUUAGCGAACAAAUUUUGAAGGAGAGUUCUCUGCUUUGCAGUAUCUUUAGCCGAAAAAAGUCUGCAAAGCAGGACAAGCCAUCGAAAAAAUAUGGCAGAUGGGUAGGUCGAUUUGCUUUUCCUACAUUAGGUAAAUAA